AGGGAGACUGAGCCCAUGGAGGUGGGCACGACGCACCUCACCCAGAGGAAUGUCAACGCCGCCGUCAACAGGGUCUCUGCUCCUACUGCGGGGAGUCGGACAAUCCCAGGGACACCUGUCCCAGAAGGAGAACCAGGAAGCAACAGGCAGAGGAGCGCUCCUGCACCUUCCCAGCUUCUAGUCGAGCACAUCGCUGCCCCCUGCCUGACAUCCUGUGUGUGUAAGUCAGUGGGCCAGAUGUCCUUUCCCACCCCGUUGUACUCCCAUGCGGGCCGCGGGCCUUUCACUGACGUGUACGAGCCAGCCGAGGACUCCUUCCUCUUGAUAGAUGCCCUUGAGCAGGAUGCUGACAGACUGAAGAAAAUGAGCCCCUCUGUGUGUCUAGAGGUGGGCAGUGGCUCUGGGGUGGUGUCCGCCUUUCUGGCAUCCGUGAUCGGACCUACAGCUCUAUACCUUUGUACCGACGUGAACCCCGAAGCAGCCCAAUGCACUCUGGAGACGUCUCGCUGUAACGCCGUUAGUCUGCAGCCUAUCAUCACUGACUUGGUGGACUCUCUCUUGCCAAGGUUGUGUGGAAAAGUGGACGUUCUUUUAUUCAACCCUCCUUAUGUCGUCACACCAUCAGAAGAGGUGGGUAGCCAUGGCAUCGAGGCAGCCUGGGCUGGUGGGAGGUGGGGCCGAGAGGUGAUGGACAGGUUCUUCCCGCUGCUUCCAAAGCUACUGUCCAAUCAGGGGUUGUUUUACCUGGUCACUGUGGCAGAGAACAAUCCAGAGGAGAUCACCAUUCUGCUGAGGAAGUUUGGUCUGCAAGGAGCGCCUUGUCUGUCAAGACGAACUGGGCCAGAGAGCCUGUCUGUUCUGCGCUUCCACAGAACAACGUGAUCCUCCCUGUCCCACAGAGGAGACCAUGAACCUGCUGCUCCGACCACAGCGGUUUCAGCUUCAUCUCAACAACCAUGAGUGAUCACCUGAACUUUAACAUAAAUUGAGCGAAAGCCACUGUGGGUUCAUGGGAGCAUUGGUCAAAUAAGUGACCAUGUCUCAAGACUUUAACCCAAUGCACUAUACAAAGGCUAACAGGUUGUCCAUGCUAAUGAGUGUUCAAGUCUCCUUGAACUGGUUUGUAUUGGGAGAGGAUCCAGUCAGUGUCAGUAUUGAAGACAUGUUGUAUAGGUAGAAUUGACAUGCAGACUAGACCGGGCACACGCAUGUUGAUUUUAUUCAUCCACACCAGACCCCAUAAGGAGACGCAGGUUAAAAAUAUCUAAACGAACUCUGAACCAACUAUAUUAAUUUGGGGACAGGUCGAAACAUUCAUGGACAUUUAGCUACCAUGCUAUUGCUAGCUGAUUUGUCUGGGAUGAAAUUAAACAUUGGGUUGUUAUUUUACCUGAAAAGCACACGGCCCUUUUUCCCCCCUGGAUCUCAGUAGAAUUCUGACCCAUUGAGUCACACACAAUUGUGUGUUCUCUACACUAUUAAUCCAGAUAAAAGGGGAAACCUAGUUAGUUAAGUAAUCUCUCCUCCUUCAGUCUUCUGUGGACUUUAUAUGGUGGUUGGCCACCAACUUUAAGGUGCAUUACCACCACCGACUGGAGUGUGGAGCUCAGUUCAGCUUUCACUCACCCACAUGGGUAUAUGCUCCUAAAAACCAAUGAGAUGGAAGAGGCGGGACUUGCAGCGCGUCACGUGUCAAAAAUAGUUAUUAUAGUUAUUUUAGCACCUAGCUGCGCAGACACUUGUGGAACAGUUUGGAUGAAAUGAUUGAUUAACGUGUACAUUUAUUUUGGAACGCAAGCGGUGUGGUCAGCAAGUGACUGACCCAAAGAUUGUCUUUGGACUCAUUUCUACUUACGGCUCGAUUCAAUCCAUGACGCUUAAGAUCUGCGAUAUACCGCAGUUCAAAUGUAGAGAUAAUUUCCGAUUGAGGCAACAUGCAGCGUUUACUGUGAGUGGAUUCAGUCCCGCGUACAUGGGAACAUUGCCUUUAAAUUUCAUAUUCAGCGCUGCGGAUUGAAACAAGCCUUUAGUUUAUUGCAACAUUGUGGUUUCCACAAUCCUACCUGGGAUGCCAACUGCAGUUUUAAAGGUAUAAUUUGGUAUUUUCUGCUUUUUUGGAUGGAGGGGAGACGGGUGAAUGAGUUCUGCUGAAAUAGCAAUGGAUUCAAACACAUGCUGCAACGGAGCCAGCAGUUUAGACCAAAGAUUGUUCACUCAGGCUGCUUACCAUUCGGAGAAAAGUGUUCCCGUCCACUUAAGUGUGGCUCUCCCAUAGACAAUGCAGUAGCAUCUGGAUCUGGUCUGCUUAAUUUCACUUCAAUUUAAAAAAAAAGUGGGGUGUCUUGCUUCCUCUUUCUUCAGUCUCUGGUUAAGACUGCUACGCCACCUUAGGCCACUCCAACUGCAGUUUUGUGGAUAUGAAAGUAAAAAGUUGUUUAAAAUAGAUGUGAACAACUCAGUUUAUGGCAGGGUUUAUAGUGAAUGCGAUCUCUACGAACGUUGGAGUAAUUGCCUUUAGUCGACAGUAACAUUGAAGGUUACCUUUAUUUUGAUAAAGGGCACCAACAACAUUCAAACGUGGCCUAGGCACUGGGAUAGGGAAUAGUCCACAGUGGCAACAGGGGGGGGCACCAAUGUCAAUGCUGCACAUUAUUAAAGCUGCUCAGUCAAUUAGAACGUGAUUAGAUGUAAUUCGUUUGGAAGGUUGGAAAACAAAAAGGUCGCAACCAGGAGUUGAACUGGGGACCUUGCGGGUUGCGUGUAAUGAGUUUUCAAACUAGUUUUCAUUGGGAAGGUGUAUAAAGCAAAACGCAGAAUCCUACUCCACGUGCUCGUUGAACAUCUCACUCCAAAAUCAUAGGCAUUAAUAUGGAGAUGCCCCCCCCCUUUGCUGCUAUAACAGCCUCCACUCUUCUGGGAAGGAUUUCCACUAGAUGUUGGAACAUUGCUGCAGUCUCAUUUAGCCACGAGCAUUAGUGAGGUCGGGCACUGAUGUUGGGCAAUUAGGCCUGAACCGCAGUCGGUGUUCCAAUUCAUCCCUAAGGUGUUCGAUGGCUUUGAGGUCAGGGCUCUGUGCAAGCCAGUCAAGUUCUUCCACACCGAUCUUGACAAAUCAUUUCAUACCAGUCAUCCAACAGAUUCCCAUUCAGAGCGACACACAGAAGCAUCCAGGGUCAAUGCCUUGCUCAAGGGCACAUUGACAGAUCUACCAGCAGGCCAAAAAACUUUAACCUGAACGAACCCUCCACAGUUCCCCAAUAGCUGACCCUCAACCAUUCAAGACCGCCCCCUCCCCAAGAAGAAAAAUAAAAUGAAUUCCAUUCCCCCAAGAACCCCCCCCAAUGCAUCAACCAUCAUGAACUAGAGAAAAAAGGAAAAGACAGGAGAAAACAGCAAAACAAACAUAUACAUUAUAAACAAAGGACAUCAAGGACAACGAAAAUCAUAACAGCAAUGCUAACUAUAUGUUUGUGUGCAUGUCUGGCACUAUUACAUGUGUGUGUUUAUUUGAAUGAGUGCACGGACUCAGCCUCAGGCAAACCGGCAUUAGCUGUAAAAACACUGCCCCUCAGUGUCAGUAAAAUGUACUUUUAUGUUUAGACUUUAAAAAAAAAAACAUUUAUCUCCCAUACAGCAACUCCACUCCCACUUGCCUCCAAUUCCACAUUCCAACCCAUCCCAUUGAUCUCUGCUGGCCACCCACAUCUUUCAACUAUUCUGUUAGAUUGAAAUUGUACAUUAAACAUAUCUAAUUGAAUAGAAUCCACAGAUUGCGAGUUGAAGAUAAAUAUUGUUACUAAGAGUAUUAGUAAUUGACUGACCCUGUCUCUCCAGAUCUAACAGUACUAUUUCUAGGGUCAAUUUUAGAUCAAUGCUAUGCAUUUUCUGCUAUUUCUGGACCGAAGACCAGAAACAGGCUACCUGAGGGCAAUACCAAAAUAGUCUAUUGAUUCUGUAUCCUCAAAACAAAAUCUGCAGAGCGUCGAUGAUUUUAUGCCACAAGAACUCUAUAUAAUAAUUUUUGCUGAAAAGCACAAAGUCUUGAAUCUUGCGUUGUUUUAGAUAUCAACUCAUAUGCCCUGCACCAUGGAAUCAGUACAUCACAAAUCUCUUUCCAACUAUUUGGCAGUUGUCAGCAUCCUGGUCCUCAAAUGAAACAUAUACUUUCCUAUUUAUGCUAUUUUUAUUCCUCUGCCAGAUCCUUUAUAUUGGGCAGACAGACCAGUUCCCUACCUCCUCCCGCUGCCACCUGCCACCAUUUUUGGGGUAAUGCUGUAAUCAAUUGGUUAUAGUCUUGGAUUGAGCAGACCUUCCCAUACAAUUCUGAUAACUCCACCAUUCCAAUUUACAUGAUCAUUUAAGAACAAAAUACCCCUUUCAACCAUCUUUCCCAUAAAUACAGGUAUUUUAUCAACCAGCACAUUUGAGUUCAGCCAUAAUAUUUGUUCCAUCUUUUAAGUGGGAUGAAAUUGAAGUCAGCUCUGCAAUGCUUGUUUGAAAAAAAGUAUAAUUUUCAAUUAAUUGAAGAUGAGACAUGGCAAUAAGGCCAUUUUUAAACAAUGGAUGAGCUUUUCUUAGUAAUCUACUUGAACCAUUUAGGGUACAAAUAAAACCUUGAAUGAGUGAAGCUUUUAGAGGUUUAGUGCUUUUAUGUUUAAAUCUUCUCAACCCAUCCAAUUCAUAUUCAUUAUAUGGAUUCUGGUUUAGCAUCCCAGAUAAAGCAACAUUUUUGCCGCAUGUGAUUUGAAAAACGAACCAUCAGAAGUAGGCAGCGCCAUAAGUGAGUAAACUGGGAUAUGACUAAGGAUGUUAAUCUGGGAAAUUUUUCCAUAGACAGGUAUUUACCUCUUCAUGGUUGUAGGAUGUCAUCUAAUUUUACAAGUUUCCUAUUAAAAUUCAUCGUGGGGAGCUUAUUUAUAUUUUUUGUGAUAUGAAUACUGGGUAUGUCUACUUCACCAUCAGCCCAUUUUAUAUGUAAACUGCAGGGUAAUGUAAAAGUUGUAUUUUUUAAAAGAUCCAAUACGUAAUAUUGUACCCAUCAUAAUUAGGUUUUAGUCUAGAGUACAGAAAUGUUAUCUAGAUCUUCAAUGAGACAUGUUAUAUCUGGAGUACUUCUCCUGUCCUAUUCGGUGUCCUGUGUGAAUUUAAGUGUUCUCUCUCUAAUUCUCUGUUUUGGAGGACCUGAGCCCUAGGACCAUGCCUCAGGACUACCUGACAUGACUCCUUGCUGUCCCCAGUCCACCUGGCCGUGCUGCUGCUCCAGUUUCAACUGUUCUGCCUUAUUAUUGGACCAUGCUGGUCAUUUAUGAACAUUUGAACAUCUUGGCCAUGUUCUGUUAAUCUCCACCCCGCACAGCCAGAAGAGGACUGGCCAGCCCACAUAGCCUGGUUCCUCGCCUUUCUAGAGAGUUUCCUAGCCACCGUGCUUCUACACCUGCAUUGCUUGCUGUUUGUUUUUUUUUGCUGGGUUUCUGUACAGCACUUUGAGAUAUCAGCUGAUGUACGAAGGGCUAUAUAAAUAAAUGUGAUUUGACUCUA